AUGGCCGACCCCAGCCUCAUAUCCUGGGGCGUUUCCCGCAUAUCGCAAAUCCUCCCACUAGACGAAGAAUCACUCACGCAGAUCAUCACUUACGCCGCCAGUCUACCGAAAGAAGAGGGUGCCGAUCAUCUCAAAAACCUCUUGGGUGACUCCCCCGCAGCCUUUGAAUUCAUAUCCGCUUUCAGUUCGCGACGAGACCCCGCGCCUCAACGACCAGCAGCCUCCACUGCACCCUCAGCCACACCGAUAGCAACAAGCCCCAGGAAUCCAGGAGCGGGGCAAAAGAAGGGCAAGAAAUCGAAACCACCGCUACACAGCGCCGGCCCCCCGCGUCGGCCCGAUAACUUCGGAAAUGUCACAGGCGGAUACAAGAAGGCAGAUCUAGAGGAGGAUUACAUGGCGCCGGCGCCUAGAGCCAAACAAGAUACCGGUGCUUCACGGUCGCCGUAUCUACCAGUCGAAGACUCAUCUGCUGCUUCGUCGCGCGCUCACUCACCUGUCCCGAAACAAAGCUCGAGCAAACCGCCGCCCUCUGCAUCGGGACCUAUGCUCUCGGACUUGUUGCCAAAUGUUAAGUCCAAGGCCGCGAAGUCCUCCUCUACACGACAGAGUAACAACACCACUACCAGCCAGUCUAAAAACUCCCUAACAACGACCAACAUCUCCGAUCUAACCGCCGCAAUCGCCGCACUAGAAGUAUCCACAAACCCAUCCCUGAGCAACGAAUCCCGGAAAUGCUCCUGCUUCGCUGCGAUCCACCCCCUUUUCGCCCCCGCCCCAAACUGUCUCAACUGCGGUAAGAUCAUCUGCUCCCUGGAGGGCCUUCAGCCGUGUUCGUUCUGCGGUACACCCCUCUUAUCGAAUGAGGAAGUGCAGAGCAUGAUCCGAGAACUGCGGGCAGAGCGAGGCCAGGAGAAGAUGCGCGCGCAUAACGAGAGCGUGCACCGCGAGGGUGGACCGGGGCAGGGCCCCUCACCUUCGGCUGCUUCCAGCAAAUUGAACGCUGCCAUGGCUCACCGGGACAAAUUGCUUCAAUUCCAGGCGCAGAACGCCAAACGGACGCGCGUUGUCGACGAGGCGGCGGACUUCGAGACUCCUAAUGUCGCGUCGACGCUGUGGAUGAGUCCUGCGCAGCGGGCUCUCGCCUUGAAGAAGCAGCAGCAGAUAUUGCGCGAGAUGGAAGAAAAAGCGCGUCCGGAAUGGGAGAAGAAGAGGACCAUCAUGAGUCUAGAUAUCAAGGGCGGGAGAGUCACUCGUGUGUACCAGUCUGCUGGAGCUAGCCCUGCUGAUUCGGGAUCCCCAGCGGAAGAAGCGCCCGAGCCCGAGCCUGAGGCUAUUGAGCCGGCAGAUGAAUCUACGAAGUCACGACGCGGUGAAGCCUUCAGUCGGAAUCCUCUCCUCGCGGCCAGUGGAUUGAUGCGACCUGUCUGGAAGGGUCCCGACGGUAAACCGGUCGAAGCUAGACCGCAAAAAGAACGGCAACAGACAUGGCGACGAGUCCAGGAUGAUAAAGAUGACAAUGAGCAAUGGAUCCUCGACGGCGGCUUACAUGGCUACUCUUAG